UUACAAAAGCGUUGUUUUUGCAGUAAACGUGGAAAAAUUGUAUGGGGAAAUUCACAUUCAACGGAGAACAACGACAACAUCAACAAUAUCAACCAGCACAAAAAAAAGAAAGAAGGGGAAAAACAAACCACAAAAAGCACACAGAAAGACGUAAUAAAAAAAAUUCGAUAAAAAACAGCUCUAGAUAAAUACCACAGCGGCAAAUUGAUCUACCGCCAAAAGUUGUAUCUGAAGCCUUCGAAUAUGUCGUCAAUAGCCCAUAUGCUACAAGAUGUAUCCUCAGAGAAAUCACAGGAUGGUGCUGGUGCUGGUGCUGGUGCUGCCGCCCAGCACUCGCAAGCUCAAGAACAGCAACAACAAACACAACCGGCACAGAGCUCGAAUGCAAAGACUGUGGAAGCACGAGAACCGGUGAAUGGACCCUCUUCCAGUUUGAAGCCUACAGAGUCGAGCCCUUCCGUUCCGAGAACGAACUCAAUGGAUUCGCUACGAGGGUAUUCCACUGCCAGUGAAGAGCCUAAGAGAAUACACACGGCAGAACAGCCAAAGAAGCAUCAGAACAAGCGAUCUAAAGUUUCAAGAGCGUGUGAUGAAUGCCGGAGAAAGAAGGUACGGUGCGAUGCGUCAUUUAGUAGCACUUCUAAUAGCGUAAUCAAGCCGUGUACCAAUUGCUUGAAGAACAAGGAUAGCUGCUCGUUUGAAAGGGUGCCUUUGAAAAGAGGGCCCACUAAGGGAUUUGUGAGAUCUGACAGUAUGACUGAAACUAUGACUGAUGUUUCAAGAUCAUCGAGUAUUAGCAGUCAUCAACCACCACCAAAUCAUCAGUCUAUCAUGCUACCGCCUUUAGUUUCUCUUACAGGGAACAUGCCCAUGAGAGGCACCAAUCCUGCUUCUGGACAAAAGCAACAACAGCAGCAACAACAGCAACAACAACAACAACAACAACAACAACAACAACAACAACAACAACAGCAACAACAGCAACAACAGCAACAACAACAACAACAACAACAACAACAGCAACAUCAACCAUCGCCCCAAUCGGUGUGUUAUCCUUCUCAACCAAGUUCCCCGGGUGGAACAGUUCUUUUGAACAAGGGCGAAUCGGCAGCACCACCAGGAUUAUUUCUCAAGGUGCCUUAUCAGGGAUCCUUAGAGAGAAGGGGUUCAAUGGAUUCAAUUUCGUCUUCGAUAUCUGAUGCAAGGUUUUCCAUCGCUUCAAACACCAAUGGUAACUUCCAUUUUCCACCUAGAAUGAGUUACGAUUCCUCUGUAAUAUCAGAUUCGGACGAUGACCUAUCUGCCCGUUCUCAUAGAAGCUCAAUUGAUUCAAGAGACCGUCGCAGGUCAAACUCUGCAAAUCUUCAAGGACCUGCUAGUCCUGCAAUGUCACUCAGCUCUCUGAAGAGCUUCAACCAAGGAUUUUCCCAAGGACUUAAUUUGACACAUGUUCAGUAUCCAAUCUCGAUUCCACAACAGGCACAGCUAGUGGAGCUAUACUACCAAUUUGUACAUCCAACAUUCUCAAUUCUUCCUCUCAACAGACAAUCGCUCUCUGCUCUAUUAACCAUACCACCGCCUCCCCAACAAUCUCACCAAAUAGCCAAUGACGUUGCUGAGGUCAACCAAUUUGUGAUUCAAGGGUUUUACAACUCUUUGCAACUAUUGCUCUCCACAACGACAAGGACUUCCACACCAAAUGUUCUAGGGUUGGGAAUGGACUCAGCAGUAUUACAAGAUUCUAUCAAUCGACUGUUCCAGAGUUGGUUCAAGAUUGCUACAAAAGUGACGGGAAAUAUAUCCAUAUACUCACAAAAUGUCGUUAUUCUUUUGGGGAUGUCAAUAGUAACUUUGUGUUACUCCGUGGUUUUGUUGGGGUUUACAAAGGAACUCAACAUAAGACAAUCCGUUGGUGUAUUCAACCGUCUUAAAGUUUUUAAACUGUUUUGGAUUGAAAGCCACGUUGUUACUAACAGCAACUAUGACGAUUAUUCGUCCUUGUUGAAAAGACUAUACGUUUAUUUAAUCAUUCUUGACUCUCUUGAAUCUCUCUCAAUUGGUGAGCCGUCAUCAACAGGACUUGUUUUUGAUUCAAGCACCGUAACAAAGCUGUUCCCAACGUUUAAAAACUUUGAUUUGGCGAAGAACAAUAUGAUGUUGGGAUUGAAGUUGGCUGAGAUAUCCAAUCUGAGAGACAUGCGGAAAUCACCAAGGGAUACGCCAGUAUCACCUGUAUGCAAGGCUAUGAAAUUGAAGUCUAAGCUUACUCAUGACACUUUUAACAGAAAUGUGGAACAAGAUCAGAUAUCUGGAACCUUUUGGGAUUUCAUUGUCUCCAAGUAUGAGAUUGAGGCAUUCCUUGAAGAGGUGAUUGUGAGUCAUCGUGAGAAACUGGAUGAAGAAUUGCUCUAUGAUCAACAAUUGAAGUGCCUGAGACUGGCGAAGAAACACAUAACAAUACAAACCAACUUAUUAUCGGCGAUCAAGAACAACACAAACUCCAUUGACCUCAAUCUCCCGAUCUCCCCAUUCUUACCUCUAAUAUUCAAACAGUCUGUGAGAUCCGUCAACAUUAGCAAGAUCAUCAUCAAUUCUCUUAUGACGAACAGCGAUCUUGUUCCAAGGCUUUCGAAGCAAUUGAAUGAAGUUAUUGGCCUGAUAAAUUAUUUGAGUCUCUUGAAACCAUUCAAGUCCAGUGAUUUGAACAACCAUCUAGCGUUUGAGUUCAGAUCCGCACAAUUACAAUGGUUUGAAAACGAUGAACGUCCUUCGGCCAGUAAGAUAGAGAUCUUGACGAGAUGGGUUGGUUUAAUUGCAGACAUCCAUGAAUAUAUGAAGAGCGAUGACUUUGAAGGAUGGUGCAGUUGAGUAUUUCCUAUCUAAUGUGGAACGUAUCGUUGGAUAUUAUAUUUAUGAGUUCGCACAAUAAGGUACGAAUGUAUGACUAAGAAUUAUUAAUGUCGAUAUGUAAAGUAGAUUAGUUAUCUGUUUGAUACAGGGCAAUAU